AGCUGACUCAGUUUCGUGUUCGUCAGCUGCGCCGUGACACAGCAAACAAAGAGCCAUUAUCACAGAGGCACGGACCGGGACUGACUCGAUUGUGUGGGUCUCAAGUGCAGGAAAGAGGCGGUUAUAUGCGGUUAAAAUGUUGAGGAAAUCUCUGGUAAAUAUCGGACUGCGAGUGAACCGUGCGCAACACGAAGGGAUUCAGAGAGUGACGGCGAGAUGUGGGGACAACCGCCGCCGCGACGCGUCCACCGGCACCGCCACGGUGAUGAGUGACAACGUCAAACUGAAAACCAUGGAAGAUUUAGGCGGACCGAGUUUUAUGACCACCUUAAAUUGGCUCUUUGUAAAGGGCUAUUUCCAAACGACACAACAAUUGCAGAUCGAGCACAGGAAGAUCUAUGGUCCUCUGUGGAAGUCAACGUAUGGCCCUCUGGUUGUGGUGAACGUGGCCAGUGCUGAGCUGAUAGAGCAGGUGCUGAGGCAGGAGGGAAGACACCCGGUCCGGACAGACAUGCCCCACUGGAGGAGCUAUAGAGAGCUCAGGAACCAGGCUCAAGGACCUCUGACAGAAAUGGGGGCCAAGUGGCAGCGCAUUCGCAGCAUCCUGAAUCCUCGGAUGUUGAAGCCCAAACAUGUCUCCUCAUACGCUAACACCAUCAACGAAGUGGUGACAGACUUCAUGGACAGAGUGGCCUGGCUGAGGAAAACCAGUGGCAAGGGAGUUAUAGUCAAUGACGUGACUGGAGAACUCUACAAAUUUGCCUUUGAAGGAAUCUGUUCAGUGUUGUUUGAGAACCGUAUGGGCUGCUUGAAUGAGGAGGUGCCAGAGGAAACCCAAAAGUUUAUCUUCUCUGUGGGGGAAAUGUUCAGACUCUCCCAAAUCAUCGUCCUCUUCCCCAAGUCCAUCUGGCCCUACCUGCCAUUCUGGAAACAGUUUGUGGUGACCUGGGAUUAUCUCUUCAAAGUCGCUGAAGAGUUGGUGCAGAAAAAAAUUGAGGAGAUCCAGGAGAAGGUGCACCUGCACAAGGAUGUGGAGGGAGCGUACCUCACACACCUGCUGCUCAGUGAUCAGAUGACAGUCACCGAGAUCCUGGGCAGCAUCACAGAGCUCCUGCUGGCAGGAGUCGACACAACCUCCAACACGAUCUCCUGGUGCCUGUACCUCCUGGCGAAGGAUCCAGAGAUCCAAGAACAAUUAUAUCAGGAAGUGAUAGGUGUUUGCCCUGGAGAUAAGGUGCCCAUUAGUGAUGACAUUGCUAAGAUGCCGUAUCUGAAGGCUGUCAUCAGAGAGACUUUACGGCUGUAUCCAGUGGUACCAGGAAAUGCCCGCAUCGCUGUUGAAGAUGAAAUUGUAGUGGGAGAUUAUCUCUUUCCAAAAAAGACACUGUUCCACCUGUGCCACUACACUGUGUCCUAUGAUGAGAAUAUUUUCCCUAACCCCCAUGCCUUCCAGCCACAGCGCUGGCUCCGCGGAGCAGAGGAGAAGAUUAAGCAGCAGCACCCGUUUGGGUCAGUGCCAUUCGGUUUUGGAAUCCGGGCGUGUCUGGGCAGACGGGUGGCUGAGCUGGAGAUGUAUCUCAUCCUAUCCAGGUUAAUAAAACACUACGAAGUGAGGCCAGAUCCUGCUGGAACCACAGUUAAGCCAAUCACCAGGACCCUGCUUUGUCCUGCUAAGCCAAUCAACCUGCAGUUUCUGGACAGAAGAGACAAGCAGGAGGAGUCAAGAGCAGCAGCAAGAGUUUCUCUGUGAGCUAUUUUAGUAUUCACACUGAGUUGUCUGCCUGUCACCACCUUGUUUAUGGUGCGUUUACGCAAUGAAGACUGGCUGGAAUGCAUCUAAAUACAGUCGAGUCUGAUGCCGGAUGUAUAAUUUUCAAACCUUUCCUUCAUGUGAAUAAGAAUACUUUCUAUCUAACUAUCCUUGAGCUACAAAGACAGUUUUCCUCUGGGGAUUUCAAUUCCACAGAUGCCAUAUGUUUUUUUUCAGUUGUUAGGCCUGUUGCCUCAGAGCAGAAAGCUCCCUGAGUCUGAAUCUGAUUACAUGAAGGCUGUCUGGAUCUUUUCUGUGUGGAGUUCACAUUCUCCUCAUGUUUGUGUGUUUUGCCCUUAGUUUUGUAACAAACUUGUCUUCUACUCUAAACAAAGGCCAUGAAAAAACCAAAACUGACAAUGUGAAAGUCUGUCUCUUAGUACUUUCAGACUUCUGCUCUGUGUCUGUAGUACUUAGUAUUAAACUAGCUGUAUCAUUUAGAGAAAAAAGCACUGGCCUGUAGUUGGUCAUCAGUACCAAGCUACUUGGGUCAGUUAUCUUUAUUUCAAGUCAUUUAAUACUAUUUUACUGAAUGCACUUAAAAGCUCCAGAACUCCAGGUUCCUCCAGGACGAAGGUAAUUCAUUUGGAGAUACAGUGUUUUUAUUCUUUAGAUAGAAGUUUACCAACAUGUUUUAGUAAUAGUUUUUUGUACAUAAAAAUGUAUUUUUUAGGUUUUAUGUGUAAUUUUCAAUGAAAAGACCCAUAACAUCAAGUUUCUUUAUCAAUUUCUUCAGUGUGCUGUUGAUUGAUUCUGUUGUCCCACAAUGCAAUGCACAAAUGUACGUUUCAAAAGUUUCUUCAGAAGCAAAGCAUUAUAAUCUCCAUAAAUGUAGAACUGCUGUCAGAUUUCUUGUAUUAGAAACAUUUUGUUUGGAUAAAGGUGUCAGCUCAAUGACUCAUGUUGUUGGUGAUUUGGAGACUUAGAUAUACUUGUGUAAAUAUUAGUCCUAGUUGGUAGGUGCUGUCUGUUCCUGUGUAAAGGUUGGCUACAUUGGGAGCAACAAAGAAAAAACAGGCUUAAAUUUCUUGUUUCCUUGUUUGGCCGGAGCAGAGAAAGAAACAGUGAGGUGGCAAUAAAUGUACUGUGUAGAUUAUAGUUUACAUAUAGAUCUGCCACUGACACCCAUUUCACUUUACAGCCCAAAUCCAAAAAAGUUGGGAUGCUGUGUAAAUGUAAAUAAAAACAGAAUGCAAACA